GGGGGGGGCGUGGCGGAGAGUGAAAGUCCCAGGUCGCCUGUCACGAAGCGGCAGUGGGAAUGAGACGGACGGGCAGAGGCAGAGGGAGAGCAGCAGAGACCGUGAGGCCGGUUAGAGCAUGGAACUGAGCAGCAGGAGGACGGGAACAGGCUGUUUCCUGCACAUCCAGGAGCCGCCGCUGUUGCUGCUGCUGUUGCUGGUCUUACCGGGCACGGUCCGGGCCACCGAGCUGCUGUACCGGGUCCGGGAGGAGUCACCGGCGGGCACCUACAUCGGUAACCUGGCCACCGACCUGAGGCUGAACCGGAGCGAGCCGGGAGUCACCUAUAACCUGGCGUCGGCGGCGGGCUCCGGCCGCUUCGUGGACCUGAACCGGGAGACCGGGGAGCUGCGGACCUCGGCGGCGGUGCUGGACCGGGAGGAGCUGUGCCCGGAUCCCGGUACCGGGAGCCUGGCGGAACCGUGCUGGCUGCUGCUCGAUGUCCUGCUGCUGCCCCCCCGCCUGUUCCGCCUCCUCAAGCUCCGGCUCCGGGUCGAGGACGUUAACGACCAGGCGCCGCGGUUCCCCGCCUCCAGCCUCGGCCUCUCGGUACCGGAGAACGCGGAGCCGGGCUCCCGCUACCCUCUGGAACCGGCGGCCGAGGACCCGGAGCCCGGCCUCAAUGGGAUGCUCCGCUACCGGCUGCAGGGGGCGGGCCCCGCCGCCUACUCCGCCGCCUACUCCGCCGCCUUCUCCCUGGCGCAGGAGGACGGCGCGGUGCCGGGGAAACCGGCUCCUUACCUGGUACUGGAGGCGCCGCUGGACCGGGAGUCCCGGGAUCGGUAUGUGAUGGAGCUGGUGGCGGAGGACCGGGGCAGCCCGAGCCUGUCGGGGACGGCGACGGUAACGGUGUCGGUGAGCGACGUGAACGACCACUGCCCCGAGUUCCCGCAGAGCGAGCUCCGCCUGAGCGUGUUCUCCAACAUCUCGGUGGGCAGCACCGUCACCCGGCUGCAGGCUCGGGACCCCGACCUGGGGUACAACGCCCGGGUCGUCUACUCUUACGGGGAGCGGGUCCCCGGGAGCUCCACCCGCCUGUUCCGCCUGGAUCCUGCCUCUGGUACCAUCCGCCUGGCCUCCCCCAUCCGGGAGGGCAGUGCCCGCUUACACCGGCUCACCGUGCUGGCUACCGGCACCGGCUGUGCCCCGGUCGCCCUCACCGUCAGCCUGAACAUUAUCCCGGUGGGGGUUACCGGACCCCCGGUGCUCAGCCCCCGGUACAUCGCCCUCCAGGCGGACGGCGUGCUUUACCUGAAGGAGAGUGAGCCCCCCCGGACCCCCCUGGCCUUCUUCACCGUUACCGGGGACCGGGAGCCAGUCCGCUGCUACCUGCACGGAGGGGAGGCGGUGGCGGCUUUCCACCUGUCCCGGUACCAGGACCUCCCCGGUGAGUACCUCCUGGAGACCGGGCAGCCCCUGGACUAUGAGCUCCAGCGGCGUUACCAGGUCACAGUGGUGGCAGAGAAUGCGGACGGGUUAGCCAGCAGGGUCCAACUCCAAAUUCAACUCAUUGACGAGAACGACAACGCGCCGGUGUUCAGCAGCCCCUCAGUACAGCUCUCGGUGGAGGAGAACAACCCCCCGAACUGCCAUCUCACCAGACUGAAAGCCACAGACGCUGACAGCGGAGAGAUGGGUAACAUCACCUACAUGCUCAGCCCUGGGGUACCUCCAGUCUUCAGUGUGGACCCACUCAGCGGGACCCUCUCUGUAUCCACCAGUUUAGACCGAGAGGAACGAGACAGGUACAGACUCACCAUCAGAGCUAUCGAUGGCGGGACACCGUCCCUGGAAUCUACCGUCACCGUGAUCAUCACCGUCCUGGAUGUCAAUGACAACAGCCCCAGGUUCAUCAACAAAGACUUCAACUUCUUUGUCCCUGAAGACUACCCGAGUUUUAGUGAGAUUGGUGUGAUUGGGGUUAUGGAUCCUGAUGCUGGGACCAAUGGCUGGGUCGCCUUGUCUAUCCUUAAUGGCAGUGAGCACUUUGUGAUAGACACAGGCAAGGGAAACCUCAUGGCAAGUGUCCCUUUGGACAGGGAACAGCAGAGCUCCUAUAUUCUUUGGAUUCAAGCUACAGAUGGAGGAGAACCUGCUCUUUCUGCUGUUGCGAAAGUGACAGUGCUUCUGAUAGAUGUCAAUGAUAACCCACCGUUAGUCUUGUUCCCUCAGUCUAACCUCUCUUUCCUUCUCGUCCUCCCAUCCACGGUUCCUGGCUCUUCCAUUACUGAAGUGUAUGCUGUUGAUAAAGACACAGGAAUGAAUGCUGUCAUUGCUUACAGCAUCAUUGGUCACAGAGGACCCCGUCCAGAGACUUUUGUCAUUGAUGCAGGCACCGGUAACAUCACAUUGCAUGAAGCUUUGGUGAAGAACGAUUAUGGGUUGUACAGACUGCUGGUCAAAGUCAGUGAUCAUGGAUAUCCAGAGCCACUUCACAGCACAGUUAUAGUUAACCUUUUCGUCAAUGAAACAUUGAGCAACGAGAGCUACAUAGAAAAUCUACUGAGGAAAGAUCCUGGCAUCAGGAUAGAGGAGAGUCUACCAGAGACAAGAACUGACCCUUUUCAAACCAAACUAGAUGUGUUUCCAUGCGAGACUGUCUUGAUAGCACUGUCAGCUUUAUGCUUCGGACUCUUUGCCUUAGCUUUUGCAUUAGUCUGCUACAUUUCAUUUCGAAGAAAGAAACACAGAAGAAAAGCCUACAGUGUGGCAGAGGUUGAGAUCCCACUAAAGAAGACAUUGGCUUCAUUUUCAUUGGAUAAAAAGUCAUUCAAUGAUUUAGAUCUAUGAGUGGUAUGAUAUAACUGAUCAACUGUUUACACCAAAUACCCAGACAGUACUUUGAAGUUACCAACAUUUUGUGUUUCAAAUGUGUUUGGUAUGAAGAACUUCUAAGUUGCAGUGUUCCAAACGGAUUAGCUUUUGAGUAAUACACAGUAUUGUUUACAGACCAAAAUUAUAUAAUUUGGAGUAAGACUAAUGUUUUCUUUAUAAAACUGAAUAUUUUGUUAAAAAGCAUAAAUUUGCACAGCUGGGUCUAUGAUUGAUCCCAAGAUUUCAUUUCAUGAAAACAGCACGGCUGGACCUUGAACUCUUGAGAAAUGAAACAGAAAAUCCAAGACAAUCACUGCUUCCAUCUUUGGCUGACCAACAGACCCAAGCAAAUAAGGUUGCCUUCAAAUCAGAAACUAUUGAGUGAAGCUACAUAGAUCAAAUAACACAGCGGUAAUGCAUGUGUAACUUCACCAGAUGUGAUCCUAAGAAUGUCACUUCUUCACGUCACUUUCUGACACUGUAUGAACAUUACUGAACUUGAGAGACUGUCACCAGACAAAAACAUCUCAAGCAACUUGAAAUAAGCAAUUAAUUGAUCUUGCUUGAUUUUCAUCCAUCUGGAAUAUGGGAUUGCAAUUUAUACAGUAUACAAUAUUUGACAAGAUUAUGAAAAAAUAAUAUUUCUGUAAAUUACUUAAUUUUUGAGCUUGUUUAUAUAAGUUCUGCAGCAAAGUGAAAAUUCUUUGUAAAUGGCUAUUUAUU